AUGGAUAAAGACACUGAAUCGUCGUAUAUUGGGCCAAUCACAGAAAACACUGCGCUUAUAAGUUUGGAAUACAAAUUAAACGCAACCGUUGCUUUGGAUGAAGGAAAUUUCAGAAAUGCCAUAUACUACCAAACGCAAUCACUUGGAGCUUCAAAACGAAAAAAUUACUCGGAAAUAUCGCGCAAACGCAAAGAUAUAGGUGCUUUGAUUGAUGUAAUGAUAAACAGCAAAAAUGGCAAAAGGAAAAAUGAUGUGCUCUUAAGUCACAUCGGAUUCACCGAGAUCUGUAAGCGCUGUGAUGAACUACCGCAAGAGUGGACAGUUAUACAAAUAGCCAAGCAAUUUUCCCCGGUAGCCACUUGUAUGACACACGAGGAAUUGCUCCAGGAACCAACGCCAAUCUGGAUAACUAUCUUCCGAUGCAGUGAUCCUUGUGAAGGCAGUAAAUUUGAACCAAUACUCAUUGCAUUAGAUCCGCCUGAUAAUUCAGAUUGUAGCAUUAAAUAUCAAAAUAUUUUUGAGCACAUCGUUUCCAUUCCGUCUGAGGUGCGUAAGGCUAUCGCUGGAAAAUUCCCUUCAACACAAGGCAAAAGCCCAUCCAGCCAACUAGAGGAUGUAGAACAUUUAAUAGGCUCAGCUAUCCAACGGGUAAGCGAAUGGCUGGGACCAUGGUCGAAUCUUUUCAUUGGAAAAUUUCGUUCCAAAUCUGAACAAAAACUAGAGCACGAAAUUUACUCUCAAAUCGAGAACUUUUGCGUUCAUAAUGGUAUCAACCGUACAAAUCAGCGGUUGGUGUCGCUUGUGGCACGGCGCUUAGACUUACUAGAGGAUGUCCAGCUGUAUGAGUUGUGUUGUUCUGAUCAGCUCAGUUUGGAUGAUGCCAAAAUAGAGACUCUGUACGCUUUUUUAUCGGAUUUAAAACGGCAAAAGUUCAACGAGAAGAUGGGAGAACGUCUCGAUUGUUAUCCGGUUAUGCUAAUCAUAGACGAACUUCUUGAUACUAUGCCGUGGGAAAUGAUACAUUCUACGGGAGAAUUCUGUCGGUUUGGAAGUUUUUGGUCGUUGAGCAAUUUGUAUCGUACACACGCAAAACGGAUUAAAAAUGGCUAUUUCUGUAUGUCGGCAAAAACGUGUUGUGCGAUUAUAAAUCCAGAUAAAAAUUUGGAUAAAAUGAGCGCACGAUUGCAGAUGUUCUAUAAAGAGUGGAAUCCCGAUUUUCGAUUACUUAUCGACCAGGCACCAACGGAGAGCGAAUUUAGCGAGCUGUUGAACAAGUCCGACGUACUCAUAUACAAUGGACACGGAAGUGGACUUCAAUUUAUGAACGGUGAAUCGUUAAUGCAGCGCGAUAUAAAUUGCGUUACGUUUCUCUUCGGUUGCGACUCGGUGCGACUGCAUUCGAAUGGACUGUUUACAGAAAUGACUGGAUCGCAUUUAUAUUACGGCUCUGCCCGUUGUCCAGCAGUGAUUGGUGCUCUAUGGGUGCUAACUGAUUUGUUCACCGAUAUCUAUUCGAUGUUGCUGGUAGGAAAUUGGAUACCUUCGACAAAUUCGAAGUACGAUAAGAAGAAAAUAUGCUCCCUCGAUAUGGUAGCUUUUAAGGAGUGCAAUUGGCAAUUCAACAAAACAUCAUCCUCCGCUAAGUUGCUUGUUAACACGCAUCCGAACUUGGUGAAGCUCAUGGGAGAUUGUAGAAUGUUUCACCAGCUUCCGCAGCGUAUUCGAUGUGCUCUCGUCUGUCGAGGUCUACCCGUUAUGAAUGAAGCAUGCAACUAA